AUUAAGCAUUCUUCCCUUUCAUUUAUUUUUCCCACUUCCUGUGAGAGAAAUUUAAUUUAAUGUAGAAAAUUUAACAAAUACAAAAAUAAUAAUUGUUAUACUAAUAAUGAUAAAGGCGUUGAGGUGUUGCAUAUCUUGCAUUCUUCCCUGCGGGGCUCUCGACGUGAUCAGAAUAGUCCACGCCGACGGCAGGGUGGAGGAGAUUUCCGGCGGCGGCGUCAAGGCGGCGGAGAUCAUGAGAAUGCACCCCACCCACGUGCUCAAGAAGCCGUCUUCCCCCUCCCCGGACCACUAUUUUAAUGGAGGGGCGGCGGACGCGCGCCGCCCCAAAAUCGUGGUGGUCCCGCCGGAUGCCCUGCUCCGGCGCGGCAAGAUUUACUUCCUCAUUCCGGCGCCGGCGAAGCAGAGGAGGGGGAGGACGGGGUCGCCGUCGUGCCGGGCUUCCGCGAAAAACGGCUCCGUUUCGUCGCCGGGUAAUUUUCAGUACUUCGGUGAUGAGAUCAUGUCGCCGGAGAAGGUGCCGGCGGCUCCGAGAGACGGUCGGCGGGGGAGAGAGUCAGUGUGGAGGCCCAAUCUGCAAAGAAUUUGCGAGAUUCCCAGUGAAGCCCAUUAUGUGCCCGGUACAACACAAGAAUGAAAUUAGAGAUAACUUUCUUUUUCUUUUUUUUCUUUUUUUAGAUUUUUCAAUGUUUUGUUUAAAAAAAGGAUUGAACUAUAAUCUCUCUGAGUUGGUAUAAUUGUGUCUGAUACUUGCAGCAGUCUCAUGCUUUACAUGGUUGUUUCUCAUUGCAGCCGCCAGACUUCGAACAAUGUUUUGGCACGCAAUUUCAUGCGCUACAUUAUCGGCCGGUAAUUGUCCGGCAUGCAUCAAUCGUGGCGGAGAAUCAAUCAUUAAUUCCCCU